AUGGACAUAGUUGUGAACAUUGUGAGGACAAGUUACCCUUACACCUCUACCCACCACCAACCCAACCCAUACACCUCUACCCAUCACCAACCCAACCCAUACACCUCUACCCAUCACCAACCCAACCCAUACACCUCCACUCAUCACCAACCCAACCCAUACACCUCCACUCAUCACCAACCCAACCCAUACACCUCUACCCACCACCAACCCAACCCUUACACCUCUACCCAUCACCAGCCCAACCCUUACACUGCUACCCAUCACCAACCCAACCCUAACACCUCUACCCACCACCAACCCAACCCUUACACCUCUACCCAUCACCAACCCAACCCAUACACCUCUACCCAUCACCAACCCAGAAGUUACCCUUACACCUCUAAUCAUCACCAACCCAACCCUUACACCUCUACCCACCACCAACCCAACCCUUACACCUCUACUCAUCACCAACCCAACCCUUACACCUUUACCCAUCACCAACCCAACCCUUACACCUCUACCCACCACCAACCCAACCCUUACACCUCUACCCACCACCAACCCAACCCUUACACCUCUACCCAUCACCAACCCAACCCUUACACCUCUACCCACCACCAACCCAACCCUUACACCUCUACCCAUCACCAACCCAACCCUUACACCUCUACUCAUCACCAACCCAACCCUUACACCUCUACCCAUCACCAACCCAACCCUUACACCUCUACCCAUCACCAACCCAACCCUUACACCUCUACUCAUCACCAACCCAACCCUUACACCUCUACCCAUCACCAACCCAACCCUUACACCUCUACCCGUCACCAACCCAACCCUUACACCUCUACCAAUCACCAACCCAACAUUAUUCCCAAGCCUGUUGCACCUGGCCCCCAACCACCCCUCACUAUCUCCUCUCCUCUCCAGUCAAUGGGGACAGGGGUUAAGACUUGGUCUAACAACAUGUCUGUAGGCAAUUAG